AAACCUUAGGCCUACUUACUUUUUAGAAAAAUAAAAUCCAGCACAGUUCAAUACUCAUCAGAACCAGAGCAGUGAAAGACAUGGACCCUGUGACUGCUGUGGUAGUUGGAGCACUACUUGCAGUGGUUGGUAUGGUCGAUGGUCCUAUUGUUCUGGCAGCACCAGGUUUCCCCUCAGUAGAAGACUACUAUGCUGAUAGCAUGAUGUGGGCCGAUGCAGAUGCCUAUGGAGGAGAAGUGGCAGCAGGAAGCCUGGUGGCUGGUUUGCGGUCAAUAGUGACUGCUGUGGUAGUUGGAGCAGCAGCUGCAGCAGGUGCUGUGGUUCUGGCUCCUGUUGCUCUGGGAGCAGCAGGUUUCACCUCAGCUGGAAUAGCAGCAGGUUCUAUUGCUGCAAAAAUGAUGUCGAUUGCUGCAGUUGCUAACGGAGGAGGAGUGGCAGCAGGAGGCCUGGUGGCUGGUUGCCAGGCAAUCGGUGCAGCUGGUGUGUCAGGAGCUGUCACUGCAGCUGCAGCAGGCACAGGAGCAGCAGUGGGAUGGCUGACAAGCUUCUUUGGCUGAAAAUCAUGAAGGAACAAGAUGCAUUUAGAAUACUUUUACUUUUUGCCAAAUUAAGGAGGCAAUAGCAAAUUACAUCAGUAUAUUACCUAAACAGCACUUGUGUCAUCUCAGACAACUGAUAUGUUUGUUCAAUAAAUCGGUGUAACCUGUGAAAGAUA